AUGUCUCUUCAAACCUACGUUGACAAAAAGGUCCUGGUCAUCACAGUCGACGGUCGGACCCUCGUCGGAACCCUCCUAUCCUGCGACCAGGUCACCAAUAUUGUCUUGAACGACACGGUCGAGCGCAUCAUCCGGCCCACCGACGACCCUGAGCCGAGCUCCCAAGUCAGUCAUGGCUUGUAUCUUGUGCGGGGAGACAACAUCACGAUUGUGGGACUUGUGGACGAAGAGCUUGACAGCAGCAUCGACUGGGAAAAAGUGAGAGGGGAGGUCAUUGGGACUACGAAACAUGGGUGA